AUGUCCGACCUUUCUCAAUCUUUUCAGUCGUCAACAUGUUUGGAACAUCUUGUCCGGAAGAGUUCAAGCUUCUUCACAAAGUCGGUUCACUCCGAGAAUGGAUUGGCUUCAACUCAAGAAACUCCAAAAAUCCAAGACGACAAAUUUUGUGUCAAGGAUGAGAUCACAUUUAGUGGUAUUCCAAAGAGUUUGAAUAACAUCUUAGCUUUCCUUCGAAAGAAAUUACGAAAAUCGACCUUUUUCGAAGACAAAUUAGUGAAGGAAUAUGAUUGUGGAGUCCUUCUUAAAGAUCCAAACGCAAAACUUUCAUCAUUUGAAAACAUGUCAAUUAGAAAAAUAGAAAAGGUGUAUGGGUAUUCCUCACUCGACGCUGAAAAAUUGAACAAACUCGCCGCUCAAUUCUCCCAUCGAAAAUUUUUCCACAACCUUAACAGAAACAAAAUGAAUAACAAAUCGUUCAUCCAAAUCCAACGACUUUUCACUGAGUGCGACAACGAAAACAAUGAAAUCAUCGAUGAGAAACUCGACGAACAAACUGAAUUUGCGUAUUUAAAGUACAUUCUACUCUUUUCACGGAACCCUAUUCUCCCAAAUGCAGUGUUAAAUGUGUUUCAAAAAGGGGUGGAGAUGCUUGCAAAACAACAAAAAGAAAAUGUCAAGAUGUAUGUCAUUGAGAAUUUGGAGAAUUUGAUCAACACAGGGACUAAACACAAUUUUGAGAUUUUACGAGAGGUCUCCCUUUUCUUAAUAGAAAUUUCAACAAAUUUCACUUCCGUUGAGGAGAAGUGUGACUGUUAUUUGUCUUACUUCAAUGCCAUGUUACAAUCAAACGAUUUCAAAGCCGAGUACAUUCCCAUCGUCGAGUUGAUGUUCCAGCAAAUUGACUCGGACUUUUAUUUUGAGUGUAGUCAGCAAUACAAAAACGAGCGCGUUGUUGAAAAGAUUGAUUUUGUGUUCUGUCCCCGCUUUGGGUUUUCAAUCGACGAGUUUUGCGAGAGCGGCGAUUGCACGAGUGGGAUGGUGUACAUCACAACGCAUCGAGUGAUCUUCUCUCCAGACACAUUACCGAGUAAACAGGAAGCUGUUGUGAUAGAAUACAUAGGGAAUAUAUGGAUCGCACAAAUCCAAAGUGUCAUAGAAGAAGAGAAGAAUGGGUAUUUGUUUGUUCGAUUAAUCAGUAAAGAUAUCCGCGUUGUGACGUUUCGAACUUCUCUGAAGCAAAUUGGCAAGUUCAAGAAUGUCAUUGUUCAAUUGCAAUUGAAGCACCCCAUCCCACACGCAAUUUUCAAAAUCAAACAAAUCAUUAAAGAAACGAGUAACGACAAUUGGAACGAAAUUACUAAUGGCAAUAGAAUCAUUCGCGAGAGUGGCGGGAUGAAAGUUUUUGUUGAUGAAAGUGAGUUGGACAGUGCAUUUAAAGAAAUUCAGAAAAUCGUCCCACUGAUUAACUUUCAAACGAAACAAAACGUUGGGUCGUUCUUCACGUCGAAUAAUAAAUACUGCGACGCAUUAAGAGGAGUGUUUAAUUUCUGUAAUGUGACGAUGAAAAAGUUGGACGACGAUUUGAAUGUCACUCUCUCUGGAGAGAGAAGUCACGUCAACUUCAUCUUUUCUGUGAUAAAAAUGAUGACAAAUUCUUAUGUCCGGACUAUUGAAGGGUUCUGCGAGUUACUUCACAGAGAGUUUUUUCAAGAGGAAUUCUUUGUGAAAAAGUUUGACGUGUUACUCAACGGAUUCCUCAAUUGUGUUGAUCUGCUUCUUCAACAACAUUUUGUUAAUUUCGAGUUCACAGACACUUUAAUCGCUUUCUUGUUCUCCGCUUUAACAGAAAAUCGCUAUGAGGAGUUAACUGGGGACUAUGAAUGUCCGUCUCUUAUUUACGAAAUUAUAACAAAAAAGAAGAUGUAUACAAACGAAUUGUACGAAAGAACUGAAAAGACUUUGAAUGUCAUUUUACCAGAAGAACACUUCAAUUUGCUCUUCUCUAAAUUCUUGAAUUACAGCAAAAAGGUCUCCGACGUCUUCUUGUCAAAUACAAUCACUACGAAGAACGAUGGACUUUCUUUAUAUCAAUUCCCACCAUUCCCAAUACAAAUCAAACAAUUCACAAGUAUCUCGAAUAUUGAUCUGAGCGAAAAUCGACUCAGAGAGUUCCCGAGAGCACUUAUUUUCUUUUCGAAUUUGGUCAAUAUCAAAUUGCAAAACAACGACAUCGUCUUUGUCACCGACCAAAUAUCACAAUUGACUAAUUUGUCCGCACUCAAUUUGGCAAACAACAAUUUAAAGUUUCUCCCGGACUUCAAUCACAAUCCUCUCAAAGUCCUCGACCUCUCGGGAAACGAUUUCAACAAGAAAAUGGAACUUGAUGUCAACAAUCAAUUGGAGACGUUUUAUGCACGCGAAACGACAUUCUACCCGACAGUCUUGUCUACACUUCCAAAUCUCAGAGUUUUGGACUUCUCGGGUUCAACAUUCAACAUAUCGGAAAUAGUCGAGAACCCCCCUCCAUCCCUCUGCGAAUUGUAUUUAAAAAACCAGCGAAUACACACAAUCCCUGAAAAUAUCACACAACUUGGAAUAACUAAAUUGGACCUAUCAAAUAACUAUAUUAAUAGAAUCAACUUUUCUCUGUUUGCAAUGAAACAGCUGAGAUGCCUCGACUUGACUGGAAACGCAAAUAUCGGGGUUAACGCGAUGUUUCAGACGAUGACGGACCUCACAAUCAUAUCAGAAAAUUAUUCAAAUACCAAGCGAAAUUUAGUCAAAGAAGAAUUGAAGAAGCAGAAGAAGCUUUAUUACUAUGAUAGAGUCAUAGUCUGUGGGAACCCAUCCAAAGACGAGAUCUUCACAUUUGUCCAGAACAAAUACACUGAGGCAAAUGAAGUCACUUCGUCUGGGAAAGACCGAUUUUGUGUUGAGAUAGGAAACGGCGCUGACAAGCGCAAUGUAUCGUUUAUGAAGCUUGAAAUCACUGAUAUGACCAAGGAGAUAUGGAAGUACAAAAGGUCGUAUCUAGUUUAUUGCCAAGACUCUGAAAUAAUCAAUUUCUAUGACUUCAAGAUCCUCUUAAUCUUACAAGGACAACUUGGGUGCGCAUUUUCAUUUGUUGUUGAUUCGACGGCGAAGAGUGCGCAGAUAGAGAAAGAUGGUUCAACCGAGCGCCACAUUAUAGUUCGCAAAAAGAAGAAAUUAGAGAACACUUCGAUUCAAAAGAAGGUCUACGAACUCUUUGUGAAGAAGGGGGAGUGUCUAGAUGAAGACGCGAGAACUUUGUUCUUCGAGUUGUCCUUAACGAAGAUGCGAGGGUUUUGUAUAACAAAUGACGAGUUAUAUACCAUCAUGGAUACCAUCAAAAUUAAAGACAAACAGAAGGCAAUCAAGACGUUAAGUCGAAUUGGGUACCUUCAGACGACAGAAGGCAAGGAAAUCAGUUUAGUUGAUGACGAAUUAUUUACUCGCGCAACGAAGGAAAUCAAGAAACAAAGUGAGAAGAGUCCGUUUCUCUUAGUGGGGGUGCUCAGUGUCAUUGGAGUCCACAAAAGUGACAUUUCCUUUGUUAUAGAAUUAAUGGAGAAACUCGACAUCAUCGAAGUCAUCAAGAGUGAGUCGGCGAAAUUCAAUGUGAAGAGUGUCGACUUCAAUAAAACAUAUAAAGAAGCUUCAUCGCAAUUUUUCGGAAUCAUCAACAGAAAUAGCGUGUCGAUCACACGAACUACGUCAUCGAGUAAGACGAGUGGAAGUAUAGUAAGCAAUUACAGUAUCGACGAAAUAGUCGAGAACAAGACUCUUUUCAUGUAUGGGAAUACCAUUCAAAACAAGCGAGUAGAUGGCACCAAGUGGUCAGUUCGGCAUUUAAGGAACGAGAUAGAAAUUGGUGAGUGUUUAGAAGUUGAGUUUUCUCCGGAUGAGAUGCGACGGAUCAUGAUAGAGAUGAUGGUACACCACAAGGGGUAUUAUUGGUGGGAGAGUGGGUGUAUAGUAAGUGUUGAAGAUGCCGGUAAAAUCUAUGUGAUGCUUUCCUUUUCCCCGCAUACCCUUGAGAUUCGUGUCAGAGGACUUAUAGUGAACGAGAGUGUGUUAGUACGCAUUUGGGAGAUGUUAUUUGACAUCACGACUGAUUUCAAAAAACGAGGGAAAGUGACCAAAGAGUAUGUGAUGUGUAGUGAGUGUUUGAGUCAAGGGGAGGUUGUCAAAGUGUCGAAAGAGAAGAUCGUGAGUUGUGUGCACUCGAUGAAGUAUCGGAUUAAAUGCGAGAAAGGGAAACAUCUUCUUAACAUUGUUCAAAGUGAUUUAAUGUCUAUAAUCGCCGAAAUGCCGACUCAAUUCAAAGUGAAUGGAAUGAAUAACUACACCGACGUGAAAAAGUUGUGCGAAGGGUCGAAGUCCGUGAUUUCCGUGAAAAAAGAGGGAGCGCCGACAUAUCGAAAAGUUGUAAUGAAGCGAUUGGUGACGUGGGAUGGGUGUGAGUUGAAUGAGUAUAUCAGUGGGGUUGAAGAAUAUAUUCGCGAGAUAAUGGUGAUGAAAUUGCAACAGAAUAUUAACGUUGCGGCGAUGUAUAAUUACUCGAUCGAUCCAUUGUUUGUCACAAUGGAAUAUUUCGAAAGUGGGAGUUUAUAUGACGUCUACAAAAAGUAUCCACUCACUACAAAAGAGCGCGUGGAAAUAGCAAAAGACAGUGCGCGUGGGGUAUUAGCGCUCCACAAUUCAGGGUUGAUCCAUCGCGACUUAAAAAGUCCAAAUAUCUUAGUCGAACUGAAUAAUGGCAAAUACGUCCGCUGUGCUAUUUCAGACUUCGGACAAACAGUAUCUGUCGAUGGCGAAGAAGAGUGUGAUAUUCAUUGUCCAACAUGGUUAGCUCCUGAAGUCUUAUUAGGCCAAAAGUUUACACAGAAAAGUGAUGUGUAUUCUUUUGGUCUUCUCUUGUGGGAAUUAAAGAAUAAUGAUAUCCCUUUCAAAGAGUUCACCUUCUUCACUGAUGUAAGAAACAAAGUAAUUGAAGGGUAUCGCCCAACUCUUGGGGAAAAUAUGUUAUUCUUUAAUGCAAUAAUUACAGUGUGUUGGGAUCCAGUGCCACAAAAUCGCCCCGAGAUGAAGGAUGUUGUGUUCUUCUUAGAAAACACUAAAGUGUAG